GAGGCGAAGAGCUCCAAUCUUCCAGUGCAUAAAGAUUGGGACGAGGGUCGUCCGCGCUCUCCGACCAAGUUUCAGGAGGCCGAGUCUCCUUUCGGCUGAAAUCGUCGUGCGAGGGGGCAUCAAAUUUGGGGUUCGAGUGAUUUUUUACGGGAGAUCUCGGAAUAAAGUUUCUUCGAGCUUACCGUCCGAUAAUAGUGGAGCACCUGAAAUUUCCAAAAUCCGAUAAAUAAUUACACUGCGCCGAGAUUGAAUUCCGUGGCAGUUCGGGCCUCGAGAAACUACUUUGAUUACUAAAAAAAGGAGGAUAUAAAAAGCUCCGGUUUCCGGGCUCGAGUAACGCGCCUCGACGAAUUCGUAAAUACGCAGCCUCAUAGCCAAGUCGCUUAGUCGAUAGUUUUUUCCUCUAUUCUUCGACAUUUUCGAUCUCUACUUUUUUUUCCUUCACUUCGUCUUUUAGUCGCUCGAGCAUCACUUUUUUUCGAGAGCCCCCCCCCGCGGCGGCGUCAGCGACGAAAAGUUUCGCCUCGGAUUCCUUUCACGAUCUUGUAAAGUUUACAACGAGCCACGAGACGCGCGCGACACGCCCUUUAUCGAAAGCUGCGUCUUUUAUUAUCCUCCUUUUCAAGCUCUUCUUCUAUUUUUUCUUAUCGGCGCUGCAAUAUCGGAAAGAUUUCACUCCCCUCCCCCGGCCCCCGUUGAAAUGGCUCCGGGACGCGUUGAAACGACAUACGUACCAGAAGUGGAGGAGCAUGCUCGAAGGGAACAGGAACGCCGGGUCGUUCAAGAGGGCACUGCCGUGUGGAGACGUCGGAAAGAGGAGCUCCAGCGGCAAAGAUAUCGCGAACAACGCGAAUUACGCCAAAUGCAGAUGAACUACUCGCCAUGGGGUAAGCCCGGUGGUGGGGCCCCGUAUGCCGGCUCCAUGCGAAAGAAAAACGUUCUAUUGGAGCCUUUGGACUUCGCUAAAACUUGUGGCUACACUAAUCAGCUGGCGCAACCCACGUCACCGUGGGGUCGUCCCGGUCCUGGCGGAGUUCCAUGGAGGGAUCCAAAGUUGCUGGGAGUGCGAUUUCGCGAGUCCAUGGGUUGGACGAGUGGUUCCCUGAUCGCGAGACUUCGCGAUAGUAAAACGGAAAUCGAUCCUCUCGCACCCGUCGAUACGAACACGUUCUUCGACAACGCUUCGAGACCCGAUACAGCACCGGAUCUACGUACGGACAAAUCGAAUGUCGACGGGGAUGAUGGAAUAAAUCGUGACGCCCGAAAAAACGAUUAUCGGGAAGAAGUUCAAGUUUACAAACUCACUGGGGGCGUCGAAUUGGUGCCUCUGUUGACGAGAUAUCAUUAUUCACCACCUCACGGCUCACGUUUCAUCGCCACGGAUGCUACUCGUCCUGGAUAUGUGAUAGACAGUUUGCGAGCCCUCAAUGUCGGCAAUCGGGAUCACAUCACUGCCUUGGCUGAGCAAAUCCGACGCAAGCGUGAGACCGUUCUGGAGGAGAGGAGACUCGAGCAGGAAAGCUGUCGACGACAUUUUGACACGUGGAGGAGACUGUGGGGCAGACCCGGUCACGGUGCUCCUCUGGACCACGCUCAGAGAAACGAUCUUUAUGAUAUUCUUUACCGAAGCGCGGUUUAUUGAUUAAUCUCUAUUCUCAGGUUUGCUUAAAGUGGAUUUUCUCGAUAUAAAACUUGACGAAGAUAUGGAAUCUUCAACGACCGAAUGAGCGUGACCGAAUUUUUUGUGAAUUAACUUCAAGCCUGUUUUAUCGUUUCCAUAAUUAGAUGAACGAACGGCAGUUUCAAUUCAUUGUUCCAGACUCGAUAUCUUAUCGCUGUAGAAGAGUCAAUUAUAAUGAACUCAACUAAAGUCGGCUCUUGGACGAAUUUAGUGUACAAAUCGAGUAGUUGAAAAAGUAGGAAAUUCAAAAUCCAGGCAUCCACGCAGCAUUAUUAUUGGGUGCCGAGAAAUGCUUCAACGGGAUAUUAAAUUGGAUUAUUCACUGAGGGAAAAGUAUGCGAGUGUCCUGGAUGCGAAGGUUGAAAAAAGCGUGUAAAAUAAUACGGUUAUGAAGGCAAAAUAUCACGUUAUAGAAUUUGAAUUGAAUGACAAACGUUGGCGCAAGACUUUGAGGCGGGGUAAAAUCGAGUGUUUUUCUUUUUUCAAAUAUUUCUCGUGUGUUUUUAAUAGAAGCUUGGAAAGAAAAAGUUUGAAAAAUCUAUAUUACAUGCCUUUUAGCUCAUUUAUAAUGCUUGGGAAAUUAAUGUCUUCUGUCUCGAAGCCGGAUAUUAAAAUUUUUACCGAAUACCACCGAAAGUAAAUGUAAUGCGAAAGUAAAUAUUAGAACAUUUGGCCAGGACGAGGAAAAAUUCGUAUUUGCAUAUAUACGUGAAAGGGGUGACAUCGCGGGCACCGUCGAAAUCUCCAUUCGGAUGAUAUACGAGCGAUGAUAAAAAAAAAAAAACGAAAAAAUAACUGCAGCAAAAGUCAGGCUUGACACAAUGUGAAAUACUGCGAUGCGACGAUACAUUUAUCACAUCAUUAUUUCAUAUAAACUCAAACAAAUUCACACUGAAAUCUAAUAUGGUGAUUUGGGACUUUAAUCGUGAAAAAAAUGAAGGAAUAUUAAGGAAAGGAAGAAAAGAAAAAGGAAUCAAAUGAAAACGUAAAAAUCUGAUAAAUCCGCCCUGGCUUUCUCAUGUUCGUAAAUAAAAUUCCGCACGGAGUAUCGUCUUUUAUUGGCUACGAUGAAAUAACCGCAUGGCAAUGCUCGGUAAAAUGCAAAAUUUUCAAAUCUCAGGUAAAAUUGAUGUUCGGUGGAUUUUCCAUUUGGGUUUCAGUUUUUGAUCCCAUUGCCAAGGAUUUGAAUUCGAUUUAGUUGAUUAUUGGCUACAGCGGAGAACCCAAUGGAACUGAAUAAACGUUCGUUUAUUUUUCCUCCGUUUUCCUCCAGACGUUUUUGUACUCUAUUCGAUUCGAGAGUCCCUCCGUAUAUGUUGCAAAAUCGCUCAAAUGCUUCCGUGUAUUAUAGAAAUAUGAAAAGUGCACGAGAAUGCAUGGGAGUAUAAGAAUGAAAAAAGCUUUUGAAAAAUUGUAUUUGGUCUCCAGAAACUGGAAUAACUUCGGGGGAUGAGAGCAAGGCGAGUGAAUUGAGAACAACGAAGUUAUAUGGAAAUCGAUAUCCGAGUUUGGUAUGUGUAGUUGUAUAUUUAUGUGAAACACGUGAGGUGAAAAGCUCCCUGAGGGAAUCUGUGUCUUCGGGAUUACGAUGAAGCUGCUCUGUGUUUACGUACAUCCAUGCUUGGUCCUCGGUGCGAGUGUGUCAACCGUCUGACCAGGUCAACGGUCAAUUUGCAUAAUAAUCCGACAGAUGUUAAUCUGACAUAUAGAUAUGGAAGCCUGAUCUACUAUUUCGAACAGAGAUAUAUAAGUAUCUCUGGGGACAUUUCGAACGGCUUUCGAUCAAUUUACAACGAUUAAUUAAUAUCGUAUAUGGAAUGAAUAUUUUGGUCGGAAUUAAUUUCGUGCUCAUUUUGAGGGGUUCUGAACGAACAUAGCGGGGCUUGUUGAUUAUUUUUCUUCCUUUAUGAUGGAAAUGGAACUCGAUUUUUCUCUUCUUGAUAACACCUCUUGAAAGGGAUAAUUCGAUAGGUACGAUGAUUUUAUUGAUCGUCAGUAAGAAGUAGAAAAACAGAGAAAAAUAAAUCACCAAUGAAAUACACUUAAAAAUUAACGCUACGGAAAUUCGUUGCCGCGUUAUCCUCGAUUAAUUAUUUUCUGAUGCUGAAAAGUGAGUAUCAAAGGGUAAAUUCACUUCGGUGCUCGUCCGUAAUCCGCAGAUCGAUCAUCGAAGCAAAAAUUCAUUGUACAUCAAAACUUUAUGGAUACGGUAAAUAUUGAAUGUGCAAUAAAAGAAAAAAUUUGAUGCUCCGAUGCGUCGGAUCGACGUGCAAUUUCGGAGUAGUAAAAAAAUUCAUGAAAAAAUUCUCCCCCGAACGCUGCUGUGGAUACUCGUUUUUUUGGCUACUCUUCACGUUCGUUGGUAAACUAAAUUAUUCGAUUAAUUUCCAACCUGAAUUUUCACCAUAUCGAACGGAAUAUAUUCUGCAUAAAAAAUUUCUAUAAAAUGAGUAUUAAUUAUCGGCUGAAGAGAUAUUUAUUUUGAAAAACAAUUUGUUCCAAGGUUUAUUCUGGUUUGGUGAAGAAUGAAAGGACGGAAUAACAAUUUCCCGAAAAACUAUAUCGUGCGUCAAAUGCUUUUUCAAAAAUAUCCCGUUGCAGCUCACCUCGAAUGAAACAACCGGGAGCAGGACGCCACCACGAAACACCGCAUCCUGUUAGAAUAAAUUUAAUAUAUAAUGUAUAUCUCUUAUACAUAGAAUAUAUGCAUUUAUAUAUGUA